AAUAAUUUUUGUCAACCCUUAAAUCCUAUUAACAUUUUAAUAAUUAUGUGAUCUUUUAUAAAUAGUGGCAUGUUAUAGCCAUUGAACACAAUAAAAAUUAAGCUCACUGAAAUGUAUUUCCAAAUAAAUACAAAAACUUCAUUACAACCUUCCAAACGGUUCAAACAAAAAAUACUCAGAUCGAAUUAUCUAUGAUAGAUACAUUUCAAUAACUAAUUAUUCAAUCAACCAAUUUGAUGGGUCUAAAGAACUACAGCCGAGCAUCCACGAACAAGGCCAGCAAAAGUGACCAGAACACCGAUAUAAGGCCCAUUAGACAACAAUUUUUGUUGGGUCUCAUUCUAAAUCAUGAUGAAAUCCGACGAUAAGCCGGACAAAACGGUUUAUUAAAAUAAUUAUUAUUUGCGCAAUAAAAUAAUAUGUGUGCUGUGUAAUGAUUGUUUUCCAAAAGGCAUAUAAAUCGGAGCACAGAGCCGCGCGUUCCGAGUCGGAACUGCGAACGAAAAGGUGUUUACUCAGGUGGCCAGCGAUUCGGAAACUCGGGGAUUGGUAGUUACAGCUACCGGAUUGGGCAAAUAUCAAGGGAUGGAGUGAGCUGAUGGCUAUGCUGUGGCCUUUGUGGCUUCACCUAAUCCCGCUUUGCUGGGCCGCCAACAUUGAGACCAACAGUCGUAUUGUGGGAGGCGUCCCUGUAGAUAUUGGCAGUGUGCCCUAUCUGGUGACCCUGCGCAUCGGUGGGAACUUUAUGUGCGGCGGCUCAUUGGUCACGCCGCAACAUGUGAUCACGGCUGCCCACUGCGUUAAGGGAGUGGGAGCUUCUCGCCUCCAGGUGGUUGCCGGAGUGACGAAACUUUCGGAAACGGGUGUAAGGAGUGGCGUGGACAAAGUCUUUACCCCUAAAGCCUACAAUGCCCGCACCCUGAACACAGACGUGGCUGUUUUAAAGCUCAAAUCUUCCAUCAGUGGACCCAAAGUGUCCACCAUUGAGUUGUGCAAUACGAGUUUUAAGGCCGGAGAUCUCAUCAAGGUUUCUGGCUGGGGACAAAUUACGGAACGCAACAAGGCUGUUUCAAUGCAAGUUCGCAGCGUGGAUGUGGCCCUCAUUCCCCGGAAAACCUGUAUGAGCCAGUACAAGCUACGAGGUACCAUUACCAGCACCAUGUUCUGUGCUUCGGUGCCCGGCGUCAAGGAUUCCUGUGAAGGCGACUCCGGCGGACCGGCUGUGUACCAGGGACAACUCUGCGGAAUAGUUUCGUGGGGCGUAGGCUGCGCCAGAAAAAAUUCACCAGGAGUCUAUACGAAUGUCAAGACUGUUAGGAGCUUUAUCGAUAAGGCUUUGGGCAUGUGAAUCCAAAAAGUAAAAGGCUAUAUAAAUUUUAAAUGUUUCGGAUUAACCCAGGGCAACUAGGAAAUGUAUAAUUAAUAAUGUUCUCAAUAAAUACUUUAAAAUAUGAGAUAAAAGUAAGGAAUCUGUUCCUUGUUU